GGGCAGUGAUUGAGCAGGAGCCGUUCAUAUCUAAAAUGCCGAACUGUCUUCUUCCUGAUACUUUCAUUUACGUGAAGUGACUCUACUUUCGGUUUCCUUUCUGAGUCAAUGACGCGGUCUAUGGAGAUCAAUUUACAAGACGAGGAAUGAUCUCCCUCAAACGUUUGGUCAACUGCGUUGUAUAUGUUCUGUCCUACUUCGCUCGUCCUGUGUUUUUUUUGGUAGGCCGACUACCACAUCAGGUAAUUUCAUUUAUGGCUAACUUGAGGCCCGCUGUCAGAAAUGACUUUGAAAGCUCCGACUCUGAAAACUCACCUAGGCCUAGACCUCUUCAGGCAAAUUACAGUAGUCCUAAAGGCAACGAUUCAAAAAGUUUGUACAAUGUCGACAGCGACUCUGAUGAAUCAUUCACUUGUGAAUAUGACUCUACGUGGGACGAUGAAGACAAUAUUGAGGACGACACAAACGCAACCUCGAAGACUCAUACCAGGAAGAAGAAGCCUGAGAAGCAGACACAGACUUGGGCAUGGUUAAGGGAUGGAAGAAACACACGUGCUGCCAAGGACAUGCAGACUUACAGACAUGACUAUCCAGAUCAGGGGGAUCCUCCAUCUUGUCAGGAUUUUCAUCCCAAUUUGAAGUUCUACAAAAAUGAAAAAAACUCUCAACCUGAUGAUCUCUCAAUAUUAGACUUCCACAAUAAAUGGAAGGGUGAUUAUUCAAGGCUGGAAAGAGUGCACACAUUCAUCCAGUGGCUCUUCCCAAUACGAGAGGAUGGUAUGAAUGAGGAAGCAUAUAAACUCACAAAAGAUGAGAUAAAGGCAUUCACAGAAGAUGAGACAGCAAAAGAAAGAUUGAGAAGAUCGUAUGAGCUGAUGCUGGAUUUUUAUGGCAUAAAACUGGUGGACCAUCAGACAGGGGAUGUACAACGGGCAGAAAACUGGAAGGAGCGAUAUCACAACCUCAAUAAGUAUAUACACAACAGCCUUCGCAUCACUCGUAUCCUGAAGUGUUUGGGCACCUUGGGAUUUGCAAACUAUCAAGCACCUUUGGUUCGUUUUUUCCUGAAGGAGACUAUUGAGAACAGGGAGCUUCCAAAUGUGAAGGAGAGCGUCCUGGACUACUUUUUGUUUUCUAUCCUUGACAAAGCAAAGCGCAAAGAACUGGUCAAGGAAGCUUUCAUAAUGUUCCAAAGUAGCCAGGGAAAUGAAAAGAGCAAAACAACAUUUAAAUGGUGCCCAAAGUGGGUCCAGAAAAAGUUCCAGGAGGAGCUCAAUAGGGUGGAAAAAGGGACAAAUAGUCUUGACUUUGUGAAAGAAAUUCAGCCUGCCACUGAGGGAAACUCUUGUGAGCGAAAUGAUUCACAGUUAGAAGAGGAGAAAGGUUUAAUUACAAAAACACAGGUCCAUAACAAUGAUGAUACCAGUUUGGGUAGUGCAUCUUUAGAGAGCAAGCACUCAGAUAAAGAUGAUGAAACUUCAGCCAAUAAAGGAGAUGGUGAAAAACAACAUCAAAAUACUGAAGAGGCAGGUGAUGGUAUGAAGGCAAAGAACAACAUUAGUGACAAACAAGAGAACAAAAGCAGACCAGAUGGUUCCAAUAUGGGCAGUGAAUCUUUAGAGAGCAAGCGCUCAGAUAAGGAUGAUGCAACUUCAGCCAGUAAGGGAGAUGGUGAAGAAUAUAAAAAUUCUGAAGUGGCAAAUGAUGUGCAAAGGGAGGAAAAUUACAAAGAUACUGAUGAGAAGUCUGUUGAUUUGUCAGUUGAGAAUUCCAAGUCAGGGGAUGAUCUAUCAGUAGCCACGCCAAGUAGCACCAAAUAGACAUGUGGGUAUAGGUGUCAUUCAGGGAAUGCGCCAAAGGGUGAGUGCAGCAAAAAGUAGGUGGUUCAUUUAGCUGAGAAUUCAGGCACUGAGCUGGAGAAAACAAUCUCAUUGAAAUUCAGCAAACUCCACCUGAGAAUCAGGGAAAGGAGAUGGCUGUUCUAUCUGCCAUAGUCACCAGAGUGUUAGAAGUUAUUUAUGGCCAUUGAUAUAUUGUGCAAUGAGGAUUGAGUAUAGGCUAGACACUGGAAAUAUUUUGUGUUCAGAGAAUCUUUUACCUUUCUAUGCACUGUUUUUGUUUCGUGAAAGCAUGCACAUUAUUAACCAAUAAGUGGUGUUGUAUUGUACUUUACUUUGACUGUUUUCUGUUUUUGUGUUGAUGGCUCAGAGUUGAAUAAAAAAAUAAUAAUUGACUAGAAAUGUAACAUCAACACUGCAAAAUACUGAAGAUUGCUCUUAGAACAUCAGCUGUUUUCAGCAUUAAACUGUAUAUCUGGCUGUUCACAGGGAAUCAGUGUGAUCUGCAUUACAUUAAAAGUUACUUGGCUAGAUACAGUGAAUCAAUAAGAUCUAUCCACAGAUACACAUGGCUGGUUUAACUGUUAAUAUUGGUCUGUUCAGUGGACAGCACUACAGGGUUCUCACUCUAAAUCAAAUGUAAAAUUCCAUGACUUUUCCCUGGCAAAAAAAAACGAAAUUUCUAUGACUUACUAUGAAUGGUACAAUAUACCGACCAAUGAUUUUUAGAGCAGCCACGUAGCGUUCAAGAAUCUUUUACUUUUUUAGAGCAGGAGAUGAAUGAAUGGGCAUUGAAUGAACAAAGUUGGGCUAUUCAAGCAAGCAGUAAAGCUAAUAACCAGAUAUAUGCCAAUUCUGCAUAUCCUGAUAUUCCCUGACUUUCCUUCCAAAAUUCCAUGAUUUUCCAGAAAUUCCAUGACCCGUGGGAACCCUGCUACUAUGAACUAUGUAAAAGACACGUAAAUGUAAAACAAAAAUGCAUUCAUAGUUAUAUAAGUACCCUAACCAGUUCUAUGGAGAAAGUAUUGUAUAUACUGCAGUCAUGUAGUUUGUCUUUGCGUUGGUCCACAAGCAAUUCAGAGAAAGAAGUACUUAUAAUUUAUUGGAGAUCCAUUAGAAAGUCCUGCCCGGUACACCAGUUUUGGUACCAUUAGGCAUCAUGAUUGUUUCAUUACAGUUUUAACACAAAAGUGUCUCUCACCUUUUCUGUACAGGUUCACUUAAGUGUUCAGAAAAUGUUUUUCAUUGUUUAAUGUUAUUUUGUUGUCAUGUUAUGGAUGAACAAUACAGUCUUUAUUCAUUCA